UCUCAUUUUAAUCAGAAAUGUGCGGGCUACAAUCAUGCCUCAUUAAGAACGGUUCGGGUUAUUUUUUGGGGUUUCUGAAAAACUCGUUUUCUAGAAAACCAGGUCUUCGAAGGGCCAGCAUGGUCGAUAACCUAUAAUCCACUAGAUUCCGAGCAAAAAGCGUUUAAUAACUUCGUGGGGUUCCCUCGUCAGACUCAUGGUUUAAAACAACAAUACGAAACUGAUUUAACAUUUUCAGAUAAUAUUCAUAAGAUUCCCGCUUUAGCUUUUCUUGAACCUGAUUCUGUUAUUGAUGGUUUCGAAACAUUGUGCGCACGUUUAGAUGAUACUUAUCAGGACAUUCUCGAUUAUAUGGAAGAUACAUAUAUUGGACGAAUACGAGGUGCAAUCAGAAGACAACCUCUUUUCAAUAUUGACUUCUGGAAUAUACGUAAUCGAGUAUUAAAUAAUACACAUAAAACAAAUAAUAAUGUCGAAGCUUGGCAUCAAAAAAUGAAUUCAGCUUUUCUACGUAAUCAUCCAAAUUUAUGGACUUUUUUGGAAAAGCUUAUAAAACAAGAAAAUAUACUUCAUACAGAUAUAAUCAAAGCAAAAUCUGGUCAAGCACCAACAAUAUCAAAACAAUACAUAUCAGUUCAUAAACGACUUCAUAACUUAGUAGAAAACCCACCUCCUUCUGUUUAUGAACAGCUUGAGGCAAUAGGACGUUUAAUAUCUUUAUAA